CAUCUACCCGGGGAAGGACGGGCCAGCAGACAGCAGCAGCCUGAGCUCCAAUGUGAAGACACGGGCACAGCGACACAACCCAUAGCGAUCUCAUCCACACAGUGGGGGAGGGGCUUUAUUUAGGGGGAUCUGGUACUGGCCGCCCCUGGACCCCUUAAUUCUCCCAGCCUGUGCAUCGCUGCUGAGCCAUGAAUUCGGCAGAACAGACUGUAACAUGGCUUAUAACACUCGGGGUGCUGGAGUCUCCAAAGAAGACCAUCUCGGAUCCAGAGGGCUUUCUGCAGGCGUCUCUGAAGGACGGGGUGGUAUUAUGCAGGCUGCUGGAGAGGCUGCUCCCUGGCUCCAUAGACAAGGUGUAUCCCGAGCCACGGAGUGAGGGAGAGUGUCUGGGAAACAUUAGGGAAUUUCUGAGGGGAUGCAGCGCCUUCAAUCUGGAAACGUUUGAUGCAAAUGACCUCUAUCAAGGGCAAAAUUUCAACAAGGUGCUAAAUUCACUCGUUCUUCUAAAUAAAGUCACAGCAGAUAUUGGAUUGGGAAGUGACUCUGUGUGUGUACGUCCUUCUUCUCAUCGGAUAAAGUCCUUCGAUUCCCUUGGCUCCCAAUCAGCACUUAGCCGCUCUUCAAAAUUAUUGCAGGGUCAAUAUCGAAGCCUGGACAUGACCGAUAACAGCAACCAUCACAUGGUGGUGAGGGCCAAGUUUAAUUUUCAGCAAACAAAUGAAGAUGAGCUGUCUUUCUCAAAGGGCGACAUAAUCCAUGUUACGCGACUGGUAGAUGGAGGAUGGUGGGAGGGCACACACAGCGGCAAAACAGGAUGGUUCCCAAGCAACUAUGUUCGAGAGAUCAAGUCAUCUGAAAAACCUGUAUCUCCCAAGUCAACCACAUUGAAGAGCCCCCCAAAAGGGUUUGAAACAUCUGGAAUCAACAAAAGCUAUUACAAUGUGGUGCUGCAGAAUAUUUUGGAAACAGAAAAUGAAUAUGCCAAGGAAAUCCAGAACAUGCUAUCCAAUUACCUUCGGCAUUUGCAAACCAGUGAAAAACUCAGCCCCACAAGUAUUUCCUAUUUAAUGGGAAACCUUGAAGAGAUCUGCUCUUUCCAGCAGGUGUUGGUGCAGUCGCUAGAAGAAUGCGCAAAGUUACCCGAAGGUCAGCAAAGGGUUGGAGGUUGUUUUAUGAGUUUAAUGCCACAGAUGAAGAGUUUGUAUCUUGCAUAUUGUGCCAACCACCCUUCGGCAGUCAAUGUCCUCACACACCACAGUGAGGAACUCGGAGAGUUCAUGGAGAUGAAAGGUGCCAACAGUCCUGGAAUUCUUGUGUUGACAACAGGCUUGAGUAAGCCUUUUAUGCGCCUAGACAAAUACCCAACGCUGCUUAAAGAACUAGAGAGACACAUGGAGGAUUAUCACCCAGAUAGGCCAGAUAUCCAGAAGUCCAUGACUGCGUUCAAGAAUCUUUCGGUACAAUGUCAAGAUGUGAGAAAAAGAAAGGAGCUGGAACUGCAAAUUCUGAAUGAAGCCAUUCGCGGGUGGGAAGGGGAAGACAUCAAGGCUCUGGGCACAGUGUUAUACAUGUCCCAAGUUAUGAUACAGAAUUCUGGGAGUGAGGAGAAGAAUGAAAGGUAUCUUCUGCUGUUUCCUAAUGUGUUGCUAAUGCUCUCAGCCAGUCCAAGAAUGAGUGGUUUUAUUUAUCAGGGAAAAAUUCCACUAACAGGAAUGUGUGUCACUAAACUAGAAGACAAUGAAAACCAUAAAAAUGCAUAUGAAAUAACUGGUAAUAUGAUUGAGAGGAUAAUAGUUUCCUGCAAUAACCAGCAAGAUCUUCAGGAAUGGGUGGAUCAUCUCCAUAAGCAAACCAAGUUCACAUCGCUGACAAACCCUCCAGUGAAGCCUCACUCUGUGCCCUGCCAUACGCUUCCUUCUCAUCCAGUCACCCCGUCAAGCAAGCACCCAGACUGUAAGCCUGCGCCUCUUACACCUGCCUAUCAUACUCUGCCACAUCUGUCACAUCAUGGAACUCCGCACAGCACUAUCAGUUGGAGCCCACUGGAGCCACCCAAAACCUCAAAGCCUUGGAGCUUGAGCUGCUUACGGCCUGCCCCGCCACUUCGACCGUCUGCCGCGUUAUGUUACAAGGAGGAUCUUAGCAAAAGCCCCAAAACCAUGAAAAAAUUACUUCCCAAGCGCAAACCAGAAAGAAAACCUUCAGAUGAGGAGUUUGCGCUGAGGAAAAGUACAGCCGCACUAGAGGAAGACGCACAGAUUCUGAAAGUUAUCGAAGCCUACUGCACCAGUGCCAAAACACGCCAGACGUUAAAUUCCACAUGGCAAGGCACUGACCUGAUGCAUAAUCACGUCUUGGCUGAUGAUGACCAAUCAAGUCUAGACUCCUUGGGUCGUCGCAGUAGCAUUUCUCGUAUGGAGCCUUCAGACCUCUCCGAAGACUCUGACUAUGACAGUAUAUGGACAGCCCAUAGUUACAGAAUGGGGUCUACUUCUCGUUGCCGCAAAGAGUCCGCUCCACAGGUAUUACUUCCAGAAGAGGAGAAAAUUAUUGUAGAGGAGACCAGGAGUAACGGUCAGACUGUCAUAGAGGAAAAGAGUCUUGUUGAUACCGUUUAUGCUUUAAAAGACGAAGUUCAAGAACUUAAACAGGUUUGUCAAAAAAAUGAAAAAAUCUUUGGAGGAAGAGCAGAGAGCUCGCAAGGAUCUGGAAAAACUCAUCAGGAAAGUCCUAAAGAACAUGAAUGACCCCUCUUGGGAUGAAACCAAUUUAUAAUGCUGCAUUCUGUGGCCUCGUUUUCAGACCAGGGAUCAAAAAAGCUUGGAUCUGCUGUAAUAUGUAGGUCUGUGUAAACACAGAAGCACCAAGUAUGAUUUAACUGGAUCUCAAAGACUCACCCUUGUACUGUAUUGAAACUACACAUAGUCAACUGCCUACAGACAUAUUUCAGAAGCUGCAAGUGUAAAGCUCAGAAAUUCAUCUCGGAGAGAUGAACAAUACCAAAUCUAUAAAGUUUUCCACUUUACACAUAUAUAUUACCUCAUUUUUGCAGAAAGAGCGGUUGCUAACUCAAAAAUCGGAUUGUUUCCAGUGACUUUAAAAAAACAAAACUACAGAAGAGUUUAUUUUCUUGUAUAUAGUGUAUCAGAUGAAUAUGUGAAAGGCACUUGGGCGGCUAAAUCAACUUUUUUUGUUCUAUAAAGUGGUCACAUGUAAAUAUUUUUAAAUAUGUACCGAA